AUGUAUAAAAUUUGGUCAAUUAAGUUGAGUGUAGUGCAUGUGCUAUUUGUGUACUGUGCCUUCAGUAAACUUUGCUCAGGUCAUGAGUCACGUAUUGUUGGUGGCGAUACAGUAAAGGAAAUGGAAAUUAAGUAUCAGGUUUCUGUACGAUCAAAAUCAUCCGAUCAGAGCGCCUUUGGCAGGGGUCAUAUUUGCGGUGGAAGCUUGAUAACUGCUAGUACUAUUUUGACAGCUGCACAUUGUUUAGUGGAUUCAAGAGACUCUCCACGACCAGCAAGCUAUUUUAGAGUGGUAGGAGGCAGCAUUUAUCGGAAUAUCCAAACAGAAAAUACUUUUGUUUCUGAUGUUAAAAAGAUUCAAGUUCACAACAAGUACAAUUCAAAAGGAUUUCUAAACGACGUGGGAGUGAUGAUUUUGUUUACUGCUGUUGCCAAUAAUCAUCCAACAUUGCAGCCUGUUCCAACCAGCGUAAAUGUUCCUUUGAAUGGUACUCGCUGCAUAGCCAGCGGUUGGGGAAGUAUUUAUUUUGAUGGUCCAUCAACUAAUACAUUGAAAGCAGUUAAUAUAUCUAUUAUAUCCAAAGAGCAAUGUAACAAAGCUUCAAGUUACGCGGGUUCUAUAGUUCAAGGUAUGCUUUGUGCGGGAAAUAUGUCUGGAGGAGAAGAUGCAUGUCAAGGUGACUCUGGUGGACCGCUGGUUUGCAACGGAUUGCUAGCUGGUGUCGUAUCACAUGGUGUGGAUUGUGCACGUCCUGGUUUUCCUGGUGUAUAUAGCGAUGUUGCGUAUUUUCGUGAUUGGAUUAAAAAAAAUGAUUCUUCUUUGAAUCAACUAUCGGCAUUCGCAACAUUAUUAUCCGUAUUCUGUAUUGCAGUGUUUAAUUUAGCGAUUUGA